GUUGUGGACUCGUGGUGCUGGCUGCCGUUGUUGAGGCGGCCGGGAACGGGCGGUGGGGAGCGGGCGGAGCUGGCCCUGCCUCUGCCUGGCCGGUGCCGCAGUCGGCGCGGGCCGCGCCCGCCGCCGCCAACUGCCCUGAGCGCCUGCUGAGGCUGAGGGAGACGUCGGGGCCUGCACCUGGAGAGAGCCUGCCGCGCUGGCCCCGAGGAGGGGGCGUUGCCAUGGCGACAGUCUCUCCCGCUGCUGACGGGGGGCGGGGGCGGCCCUGGGAAGGAGGGCUGGUCUCCUGGCCCCCCGCCCCUCCCCUUACCCUCCCCUGGACUUGGAUGGGCCCGAGUUGGGGGCAACACCCCGGGGUGGGUGAUGCUGAAUGGUCCCCCCAAGAUUGGGCCUUGGUUAAUGCAUGCGGGCAUUGGGGCUUUCCAGCUUUCACAGAGCCUUCAGCAUCCCCAGCUGCCGGUCUUGGGAUCUUCGAAGUAAGAAGAGUUUUAGAUGCUUCUGGAUGUUCAAUGCUAGCACCUUUACAGACUGGAGCAGCUCGAUUUUCUUCGUAUUUACUUUCAAGAGCAAGAAAAGUGCUGGGCUCGCACUUAUUUUCUCCCUGUGGUGUUCCGGAGUUCUGCUCCAUAUCCACCAGAAAGCUGGCGGCCCACGGCUUUGGCGCAUCCAUGGCGGCAAUGGUGUCCUUCCCUCCCCAGAGGUAUCACUACUUUUUAGUGCUGGAUUUUGAGGCCACGUGCGACAAGCCACAGAUUCAUCCUCAGGAAAUCAUUGAGUUCCCCAUCCUGAAGCUAAAUGGCCGGACCAUGGAGAUUGAGUCUACCUUUCACAUGUAUGUCCAGCCUGUAGUCCACCCACAGCUCACCCCCUUCUGUACAGAGCUCACCGGGAUUAUUCAAGCCAUGGUGGAUGGUCAGCCAAGCCUGCAGCAAGUGCUGGAGAGGGUCGAUGAGUGGAUGGCGAAGGAAGGCCUCUUAGAUCCAAACGUCAAGUCAAUUUUUGUCACCUGUGGAGACUGGGACUUAAAAGUCAUGCUCCCAGGCCAGUGCCAGUACCUGGGCUUACCAGUGGCGGAUUACUUCAAGCAGUGGAUUAAUCUGAAAAAGGCUUACAGCUUCGCCAUGGGCUGCUGGCCCAAGAAUGGACUUCUAGACAUGAACAAGGGCCUCAGCCUGCAACACAUAGGCCGGCCCCACAGCGGCAUUGACGACUGCAAGAACAUUGCCAACAUCAUGAAGACACUCGCCUACCGAGGCUUCAUCUUCAAGCAGACAUCGAAGCCGUUCUGAUCGGCCAAGGACAGGAUGGGGCAGGACAGGGUAGCUGUUUGGCCCAGCCCAGAAUCAUCCUCUCCCUCACCAGAGGGGAAGAGGGAGAGUGGCAUAGCUCUGCGUCCAGAGUGUCCCCCAGCUGCCCUUUGGGCUUGUGCCCUUGGCAAGGGCUUGGCCACUUGGCCCUUCUGGAGCAGACACUUUGUGACCCCCAUCCCCACCCCUCGAUCUCAGCCCAGUAUCAGCCCCUCCCAUUGUGGGCCUGGGCUAGGGGGACCCAGGCACUCACCGCCUCCUCCCUGGUACACAGGCUUCUGUGGGGCCACCAAGCCCCCCCUGUGCCCCCUCCCAUCCAUAGUGCAUGGUGUGUGGUGCCCCCAGGGCUCCAGGACAGAUCAGGCCCCACCUUGUGUCUACCCCCAUCCCCGCUGUGAACGUGCCACUGAAUAAAGUCGGGGAAACGAGGCA